AUGCCCUCCUAUGACUUGCCAGGUUCCAAUUCGAAGAUGAUGCCCCGGCACCACGCUGCCGCCUUUUCGAAUGGCUACCCACGCGGCAAUACCUUUGAUAUCUCACCACACAAAUUCCAACCUCGCGCAUACACACCCGCACAAAGACGUCGCAACAAGCUCCUGACUCGCCUGGGCAUUUGCGCAGUGAUCCUGUUUAUUUUUAGCCUUUGGCUUUGGCCUUCUAGCUCGGUGGCCUCCUUGGUUUCUUUUGGACUCCUUUCUUCCAGUGGUACUCCCGAGCUCGAGACGGUUCGAUAUUACGACUUGACUAAUGUUCAGGGUACCGCUCGUGGUUGGGAGCGCGAAGAGCGUAUUCUCCUCUGUGUGCCGCUUCGUGACGCCGAAGCGCACUUGGAGAUGUUCUUUUCCCACAUGCGCAACCUGACAUACCCACACCACCUGAUUGAUCUCGCAUUCCUCGUCUCCGACUCAAAGGACAAUACUCUCAAGGUCCUCUCCGAUAGUUUGGAGGCUAUUCAAGCCGACGAGGAUCCUAAGCAGCCUUAUGGCGAGAUCUCUAUCAUCGAGAAGGAUUUUGGUCAGAAGGUCAACCAAGAUGUCGAAAGCCGUCACGGAUUCGCUGCCCAGGCCAGUCGCCGAAAGCUCAUGGCGCAGGCGCGAAACUGGCUUCUGAGUGCGGCCCUGCGGCCUUAUCAUUCAUGGGUUUAUUGGCGUGACGUCGACGUCGAGACCGCGCCUUUUACCAUCUUGGAAGAUCUUAUGCGCCAUAACAAGGAUGUUAUUGUUCCGAAUGUGUGGCGACCCUUGCCUGACUGGCUUGGCGGUGAACAACCUUAUGACUUGAACUCAUGGCAAGAGUCCGAAACGGCUCUCGCUCUCGCCGAUACUCUUGACGAGGAUGCCGUCAUCGUCGAGGGAUAUGCCGAAUAUGCCACAUGGCGACCUCACUUGGCCUAUCUUCGUGAUCCGUUUGGUGACCCUGAUAUGGAAAUGGAAAUUGAUGGUGUUGGUGGUGUCAGCAUUUUGGCCAAGGCCAAGGUUUUCCGAUCCGGAGUUCAUUUCCCAGCUUUCAGCUUCGAAAAGCAUGCCGAGACAGAAGGUUUUGGCAAGAUGUCCAAGAGAAUGGGGUACUCAGUUAUUGGUCUACCCCAUUAUGUCAUCUGGCAUUUGUAUGAGCCCAGUGUGGACGAUAUCCGUCAUAUGGAGGAAAUGGAGAAAGAGCGACUUGCCCGCGAGAAACAAGAAGAGGAAAAGAAGAAGAAUCAGCAAAAGAUCAAAGAAGAGUACAGUGAUACCAGAAACGAGUGGGAGAAGGACAAGCAAGAGAUGCAGAACUUGGCAGCUCAACCAAAGCCUGUCGUCAACAACGCACCUGUGGCCCAGCCUCCCAAAGAGCAGCCUCCCAAAGAGCAGCCUCCCAAAGAGCAGCCUCCCAAAGAGCAGCCUGCCCAACAGGUCAACAACGUUCCUGGUGAUGCAGCACAAGGCGAAACUAAGCCACAAGUGGUCAAGCAGGAGGUUAAGCAGGCCGAAGAAGUCGCAAAGGAUGUGCCCAAGGCUGCCUAA